AUGAGAGUCACUGGCAAGAUAGACGACACGCCCAAUCGUAUGAUUGGGGAUGUGAACCUGUUUUUGUACCCGUCCGAGGACUGUAACGAUGGCGCAGGGGAACAAGGCAAACACGAGACUGGGGAGAUGGACGCGGUGGGCGAGUUGGAGAUAAUGAUUGCCCGGCCUGACGCACGAGGAAAAGGGCUAGCAAAAGAAGCCCUACAGGCGUUCAUCUGGUACAUAUCUACCUCGCUGCCAGCCAUCCUGGACGAGUACGCGAAGGGAGCCAACAACAAAGACAAGCCCAAGUCUCUGAGCUACCUCCGUGUCAGAAUCGACAAGGACAACAUCCCGAGCCUCAGUCUGUUCAAAACGUUGGGCUUCAGCCAAGUUAGCGAACCUAAUUACUUUGGGGAAGUGGAGCUACGGUCAGAGGUUGCAAGGCACGGGAUAGACAAAGCUUGUUUGUUGGCAAAAAGCGUCUCGUACGAAGACUGA